CAGAGAGAAAAAUAAAAAAGGAAAACAACAAGCUGGUGUCACUUUGAGUCGGCUGAUGACUUCGCUCUUUAAUUUUUAGCCGAGCAGCAAAAUGUCACCGAUGCUCCUUAUGGGCCUCGGACUUUUGGCCACGGCGGCGGCCCACCCGCAAGUCAUGAUCAAAUUCGAUUUUGGGAGUUUGGACAGGUAUCGUAAUUUCGAGCCCAAGUGGGACGUUCUGAUCUUCACGCAGAGCUGGCCCUACACUGUGUGCAGAGAGUGGAAGGACAAAUCUGAGUCUCACGCGUGCCUUCUUUUGUCGCAAUGGACUGUCCACGGAGUUUGGCCGACGAAAUUCGGCACGAUUGGCCCUGGCUUUUGUAACAACACGUGGCACUUCAAUCCGCGCGAGUUGAAGCCCAUCCAGAGCGAACUGGACCAAAAGUGGGCCAACAUCAUGAACGGCACCGCCGAAGACUCCCUGUGGAAGCACGAGUGGCAAAAGCACGGAACCUGCGCUGCCCAGUUGCCGCCACUCGACUCGGAGCUCAAGUACUUUUCCAAGGGACUGGCUUGGCAUGACGAGCACAACAUGACCAAAAUCCUUAGCGACGGCGGAAUUUUGCCUGACGCAACCAAGGAAUACAACGUGCAGCAAAUCAACGACGUUGUCAAGAAGGGGACUGGAUUCAAUCCGGCUGUCGAGUGCUUCAGAGACUCGAAAACGCACAAAACUUAUUUGUCCGAAAUUAGGAUUUGCUUCAACAAGCAGCUGGAAUUGGUUGACUGUGAUGGAAUCGUCCUGGCGUCCAAGUAUUCCGGCUUGGACCACCCGACCUACAAAGGACUGGAUGUCAUCACGAACUGCCACGAAGAAGAGAAAAUUAUCUACCCUGACAACGUGCCUGAACCUGAGCUGGAACAACCAGCGGUCAAGAAACAAGAGAAAAAGUCCUUCUUUGACUUUGAGGAAUUAAUCAAAACCUUUAAAACUCUGAAAGUGCUUCAGUGGCUCACUUUUUAAUCCUGCGAUGGCAAGAGAAUUAAUUUUCACUCUCAUGUAAUCAAUAAUUCAUGGGAUCCAAACAGGGGAAUUCAACCUGAUUUUCAAGGUGGCAAUUCAA